GUGGGUAUUUUGAAGUAGUCUCGCUACAGUUUCGUAAUGCUUUUGUGAUCUAAAUAAUUAUGGAGUGUAAGGCGUCAGUCAAUGGGUUCCGAAAAACACUGUCACAUGCAGUUGAUCACUGUGGCCCUACAGCGAAACGCAUUUCCUUAAAGGCGAUUUCUGAUGUUAAAGGACUUCCUUCAGCUUCACAAAUAUACCAAGACUCAUGCUUAAAGCUUCAGAGGGCAACAAAGGCAGUUUUUCUCAGCGAGCCUGUCGAAUCCACACUAGAGGAGCUUUACAGGGUUAAUAGCUUAUACUAAAUGAUUAUUUUUUUCAAGAAUGUCGAAGAUAUAUGUGCACAAAAAAUGAUUAUGGAAUUGUACUCGAGCCUGAAGGCUAUAUUCAGUGAAUAUGUAGCUGGACUACAACCUGAGUUCUUAAAAUAUCCUUUUUUGUUGAUAAGUUCUUGCCAUUUCUCUUCUUUUGUCUUUUUACCUUGACGUUUCGCUUUCACAGUAGGUUUCCAACUCAACGCAGUGGCACACUGUUGGGGAUUGUACUGUAAAAAAAUGCUUCUCAUCAGGAAUAUAUUUCUUUUCAUGGAUAGACAACUUCUUCAGUUAAAUCCUCAGAACUUACAAAUAUGGGACCUAGCUCUUAAGUUGUUCCGAGAAGAUGUUAUCACUCAGGAGAAAGUUCAAUCCCGUUUGAUGUGUCAAAUACUGGAUGAAAUACAUAAAGAACGAUGUGGAGAAGCUAUUGAUCGACAACUUUUACGUACUGUCAUCAGAAUGUUGGUGGAUUUAAAACUCUAUGAUUCAAUAUUCCUUGCAGAAUUUGUUUGUAAAAGUCAACAACUCUACGCUUAUGAAGCAGAUACUCUAUCUAGACAACUCAGUGUUCCUGAAUAUUUGUUACAUGUGGACAAAAGGAUCAUUGAGGAAGAAGAUAGACUUGUUGUGUAUUUAGAUGCUAAUUCAACUCGUAGUUUGCUUAUGUCAACUCUGGUUUCGGAAUUAUUAACUCGUCCAUUAGACUAUCUACUGGAUAAUGGCUUAGUUAAUCCAUUGAAAACAAAACAAACUUCCCAAUUAUCUUUACUGUUUUCUUUAGUUUCACGAGUUCCCAAUGGUAUAGAAAAACUGCGGACACAUUUCCGUAAUUAUAUCAUACAAAUGGGUCGUGAAAUGGUGGAAAAUCCAACACAUGAUCCUGAAAAAGAUCGCAAUAUGAUUCAAAAUUUAUUAGAUUCACGGGAUUUUCUUUCGGAAAUUACUGUAUCGUGCUUUUCAAAUGAUCCCAGCUUUAUGCGUGUUCUACAAGAAGCCUAUGAAGAGUUUAUCAAUCAACGUCCGAACAAACCGGCUGAGUUUCUAGCUAAAUAUCUUGAUUCUCAUCUUAGAUCUGGAAAUAAAGCACAAACAGAAGAAGAAUUGGACAAGUUAAUGGAUAAGGCUAUGAUUCUGUUUCGUUUCAUCGAUGGAAAAGAUAUAUUUGAAGCAUUUUAUACCAAAGAAUUAGCAAAACGUCUUCUUUUGAAUAAAAGUGCAUCAGUUGAUGCAGAGAAAGCCAUGCUUUCAAAACUUAAACAAGAAUGUGGACCAAACUAUACACGCAAAAUGGAGACAAUGUUUCAGGACAUCGAAUUAAGCAAGCAGUUAAGUAAAAAUUUCCGUUUAUCUUUACCUGAUACUCAUGCGAUCGAGUUAAGCGUAAAUGUGAUUUGUCCAGCAUCUUGGCCACCGUAUCCACAGACAACAGCCAAUUACCCCCCUGAAAUGGUGGCUCUUCGAGAGGAAUUUACGCGCUUCUAUUUAUCCCAUCACCAAGGUCGAAAGCUGAUAUAUGAACCGUCUUUAGGAACGUGUGUUGUAAAAGCUAUAUUUCCGAUGACACCAAAUCUUCGUAAAGAAUUACAAGUAUCUGAACUACAAGCUUUAGUGUUACUGCAAUUCAAUCAAUCAGAUAAUGCUCCUAUUACUUAUACAACGAUAGCUGAAAAUACUGGUAUCGAAGAAAAAGAAUUGAAACGAACAUUACUUUCAUUAGCUGCUGGUAAAGGACAACGUGUUUUGAAAAAAACUCCUGGUAAUCUAGAGAUUGAAAACGAUCAUCAGUUUGUUUUCAACACCGAAUUUCAUCAUCGACUUACGCGUAUCAAAUUCAAUCAGGUUCAACUAAAAGAAACUGAACAAGAACAAGUGGCUACUGAAGAACGGGUGUUUGCUGAUCGUGUUGCUCAUGUAGAUUGUUGUAUUGUACGAAUUAUGAAAACGCGUAAAACUAUUGACCAUAAUUCAUUAUUAUCAGAAGUCUACAAGCAAUUACAGUUUCCACUUAAAGUAAGUGUCAUUUAAACUUAGUAUUUUCAGUUGUAUGAACUUUUAUAAAACCUUUGUCUACCUUUGUCAAUAUCACUGAUUGCCCCAAUAUACGAGAAGUCCUGCGAAGAUAUCUAGUGAUUAUAUGUAAUCUAAGUAUAUUCAUCACAUUUGGUAGUUAUGUCUCACAAGUUUGAAUUACCACAAUGACCAGCUUCCCAAUAAAUUUAGAAUUUUUAAAAAUAGUUAUUUAAAUAUCUCAACUUACUAUGGGUUUUGUAGACUGGAAAAUAUCAGGUGAAAGUCUUUCGUGAACCCUUUGAUACGUCGUAUGGUACUGAUCUGUGAUUGUCCAUUGAGCAAAUAAAAGCAGUCUGUUCUGUGUGUAGACUACCGUAUAGUUCAGUGUUGUGUAAGAGAUUAAUUUUUACUCUAGACUGAGUGUGUGUGACUGUUAGUGUUUGUAUCAGUAAAGUGUUUUCUGGUUUUAUGUUUUUGCUCUUAAAUCCCAUAUCUGUGUAUCAAUCGAGUAUGUAAUCUAGUGAUCGCAUAAUCUCAUAUCCUGAUCAUAUUACAGCGUGCAUAUGUCCCAAGCUACCAGUUACGGCUUUAAAAUGGUUUCAUUUCAGCGACUAGUAAAUCAACAAAAAUUAGAGAAUAUUUAAGUAUGGGUUUUACAAACUUAACUUAGUUACUAAAUUAAUCAGUAUAAAUACGAAUCCUUUUCCAAAUUCGCACAAAUGUACAAUGGAUCAGGAAUUAUUUGGAAGUAACUUUCAACCGUGCUUUUACUGUUGACCCAUACCAUGACUGAGUGAGUAUUCUUUUUUUUUCUAUGGACUGCUUUCUAUUAUGUACUUUCAAUUUAUAUCCCUAAAACCAAAUAUUUAUAACGAAUGGGCGGGGUUUUAUGAGAUCUAAUUUUUUGCUUCAUAAGAUGUGAGUUCUAUGUUUUGUGUAGGUCGUGUUCUUCAAGGAUGCAUAACACUUAUUGACUUUUUGACAGAAUAACAAUGGUAAAGGCAAUAGUGGGAUACAGUUUUGGUUAUUAUCAUCCUGUAGCUCAUACAUGUACAAAUAGCAUCCUUUUAUUUAAUUUUUCAAAACCACACUUCAUGGUUUGUUUACCUUGGAUAGUUUUUUAUUACUGAUUUUUUUUUCCAUUUGUAUAUAUGUAGGCAAGUGAUGUGAAGAAACGUAUC